AUGGGUAGACAACCUUGUUGUGACAAACUCGGGGUGAAGAAGGGGCCAUGGACGGCUGAGGAAGACAAGAAACUCAUUAAUUUCAUCCUCACUAAUGGCCAAUGCUGCUGGAGGGCCGUCCCAAAGCUGGCUGGACUUCGUCGUUGUGGAAAGAGCUGCCGACUCCGGUGGACGAAUUAUCUCCGUCCCGACUUGAAACGUGGUCUUCUUACGGAAGCUGAGGAGAAACUGGUUAUUGAUCUUCAUGCUUGUCUUGGAAAUAGGUGGUCCAAAAUCGCUGCAAGAUUGCCUGGAAGAACAGACAACGAGAUUAAAAAUCAUUGGAAUACACAUAUCAAGAAAAAACUUCUGAAAAUGGGAAUUGAUCCAGUUACACAUGAACCACUUCAGAAGGAAACUGAAAAAUCUGUGUCUGAUGCACUAGAAAAUUUGCCUGAUUCGGACAAAAACCUGGUUCAGUUACAAGAAAUUACUAAUAAUGGCAUUACCAGCAGUUCAGAUGAAAACUCCACCUCACCAACUGAUCACACUUGUUCAUCUGAUGAAUCCAAUUUUCUAGAAAAUGACCCUUUAAUCACUUGCCUAUUCGAAGAUGACCCUCCUCCAGUUAACGAUGUCCCGUGGGAGUUUCCACCCCAUCAGCCGAACUUAGAUAACUUAUUUGUGCCAUCGUGGGACGAAAACUGCUCGUGGCUAUUGGACUGUCAAGAUUUCGGAAUUCAUGACUUUGGGUUCGAUUGUUUCAACAACGUCGAAAUGACUAACGUCUUGAACACGUUAGAGACAGGGAACGAUCAAUAA